CUCCGGACAACAAAUGACACGUCUGCUUUUCUCUGAGACAAGCAGGCGAGUCAGACAGUCGUUUGGUUUGCCUGUAGUGUUAGCCAGCAACAACCAGCCGCCUGAAUGUAGAUCCGCAUGGGCUUCAACUACUCCAUCUCUCUAUACAACCCGGCGGAAUUAUAAGGAUCCCAGGAUGGUGUUAGUGCAUGUCGGAUAUCUGGUUCUUCCCGUAUUCGGCUCAGUGAGAAACAGAGUAUGGAGGCUGGCUCUACAUUCUGCAUUUAUCAGAUCUUUGUCGUCCCCCAUUGUGUAGCUAAUGAUCAUCUGCUGCUGUGUGGUGUGGCGUGGCCUCUGCCUGUUCUCUGCAUUUAGCUGUAUUGUGAAUCCCUUCUUCAUUUCCUCUUUCCAUCAGAAGACGACAUUGGUAUUAAAAUGCACCCCCUCCCAAGAUGUAUUCAGCCAUAGACUUUUCAUGUUAAGCAGACUAAAACUACAGCUAACACCUAGAACAGAGCACCUUUUUGUCUUUUUUUCUGUCAGAUUGCUGUAGCACUGAGUAAACAUUUUAGCUCCUUUCUAGAUAUCAGUUGAAUGUCAUUGUGUACCUCCCAUCCAGUCUUGAUAGACAACAUGCUGUAAAUUCCUGUAAAGUGGAUACAUUUUGCAUGAUCUCAGAUACUGCACUGCAUUGUUGAACACCAGAAUUUGGCUCAUCUUCCUUCUCUUCACACAAGGUGCAAUGUACAUUAUCAAAUGUAAGCUAUGAUUAAAAAAAAAAAAACAUGCAAAUUGGAACCACAUGCAUGCCAUUUUAUUUUAAAACUUAUCAUUUCAGCAAAUGCUGUCUUGUGACCACUUGAAAUGACUUAAGGUACACUGCACCUGCACACAACAACCUACCAUAACUGUCUCCAUUUUUGUGUAAUCCUUUUGUUCCCUUUGCAAAAUUCAAGCUUUGAAUCACACUGAAUUGUCAGGGCAAAUUAAAUUCUACAAAUGUAAAGCAGGAAAACAUUCUCACUGGUGGUUCAUCACUUCCCAAUUUACCCACUAACAUAAGACCAAAAUGCUAUCCAUUUCACAGGGAUGCCUAUUUUCCUGCACUGCUAAAGAGAUCCUCUAUUAGUAAUAACGUCUUCAUUGUUUGGUUGUGGUCUCUCUUUACCUUUUGUUCUGGUAAUAGUACUUUCAGUGCAUGGUCACAUUUAUGAUUCAUAUUUUUUUGUUUAUGUUUUUCUACAUUGACUAGUGAAAAUCCAAUGUAAUCUUUCUGUAGUAAAGAUGUACCCUUGCUGUACUGAAAUCAUGUGCUGUAGCCAACACGUCUGCUCAUUGGAUGCUGCUUUUGUUCUUUUUAACCCUAUAUGGAGCAUGGUGGGCCUUGCCUUCAGUCUAUGUUGUUUAUUUUUAUUGCAUGGAUUUAUACUAUUAUUACAAAUAAGAAAAAAAAUCCACAUAUACUAAUAUUUUUCAAUAAAGAAUAUAGUGUUUUUCCUAACCUUCAGUGUGCUUCUUGCUGAUUUCCAUUUAUUGUCCUCCCUAUUCCUUUCCCUACCUGCCCCCCACCCUCCCCUCCCCUCCCCUCCACUCCCCCACCCACCUCCUCUCCUGCUGUGACAAAGAUAGACAAUUUACACGCUUCCUCCAUCACAGGGCCUGAAUGAGUCUAUCUGCUGUCAUUCAUGGUGAUCGUUUUCACUGAGACGCUUGAAAACGCAGUCUGCAACUUGCAGUCUAGACCUGAGUCUUUAAAUAUGGCAACAAGUUCGGUUCUUGUCUGCCUGGCUACACUGACAAACUGUCAAGCUGGAAAUAAUUCCUGAAAGGCUAUACUGCUUAUACUGGAUGUUUGGGAGAAAAAAAACUGCGUUUUUUAAGCAUACUUCUAGUAAAUGCAAUGUAGACUUUGCCUAAAUCCUCUUGUUAAAAAUUGAAAAAAGAAUCACUUAACAUCUGUCAAAGAAAAAACGUUUUUCUAAGACCUACACAUUUCUAAAUUCUAAACAUUCAAGACAUAGAUCACAAUAUGUUGUCCUUAUACCCUGUAAGCAUACACUGCCUUCCUUUGGUAGAUUUUCUCAAAACUUUCCAGUCAGCUAAAGUUAUUGCAAUUUGUCAGCCGCUCCCUGAACAGAAAAUUUAAUUUUUUUAUUCUUUAAUACAAUAUUAAAUCCACAUUGGCACCAUAGAAAAAGCUAGCUGUCUUUUUUUUUUUAAUUCUUUUUCCCCUGUUCAUUUUUAACAGCAGUCUGUUCACUGCUGUUGCCAAAUAGCUGUGGUUGUUGAGAGUCAAAGUAUUCAAGCUAUUUCCUCUUAACUUCUGAAUGUUCAUGUGAAAGAAAACGGUGGAACCAUGUUGGAUCUUGAAGACAGAGAUGGUAGAUUUUAGUGAAGCACAUCUCUAAUUUAAAUGGAUUUUGUGGUUUAAUGUUUUUCAGAAAGGAUAAAUACUUUUCAAAUGUUUUAGUGAUAGAUUUCUCACAGAAAUGGUUUAAUGUAUUUACAAACGGUAAACAAUGGUUUAUAUAAUGCGUUGACCUGCUGUUAAAUGCAGAAUUAUUGAGAACGAGGCUGCAUUGAAGAUCUUGCCUACACACUGGUAGAGUUCAUCUGUUCUGUUCCUCUGUCUGAAGACCAGGAAUCGAUCCAGGUGUCGGAAACACAUUUAAAGAAACCAAAGCUCACGAUAUGUGUGCAGCACCAAAAAUGGUUGUCAUUUUCAUGGUACUUGUGGUAACCAUCAUUUUCCCACCCCCCCCCCACAGAAGUAUUUGUCACCAUAGGAUCCCAUUUCAACCGGCAACAACAACAACAGCAGCAGCAGCACAGCCAUGCUACCUCUUGCCGGCACUUCCAGUUAGGUCCUCAGGCCCCGCUGCCCAUGGACUUCCCCAUGCCCCAUCCAGGGCAGCCACAGUCAGGCAUUAACCCCCACUUGGCCCCUCCUGGCCACCAGCAUGGCCCUCCACUUCACCCGCCCCUCAACCCCCUACCUGCUCCCCAGUUCCAGGAUAUCCCUGCCCCUCCCUUCCUACCUCAGGCAUUACACCAGCAAUACCUCCUCCAGCAGCAGAUCCUUGAGGCCCAGCACCGACACAUCCUGCCACCCUCCAGUAGACGCACCCCAGAAAGAGUUCCUCACCAGCCCCACAGACUGCGGCCCGGCUAUGAGUUUGCCCCCCCUCUUCAUGUCCCACCUCAGCCUGUGGUGCAGCAGCCUCGCUACCUGGCUGAGGGCACAGACUGGGAUUUAAGUGUUGAUGCUGGGCUGCCCCCUCACCAGUAUCACAUCCACCCGCUGCCACAGCACUAUCAGCACUACUUGACCUCCCCUAGGAUGCACCACUUCCCUAGAAACAAUGCCUCAACACAAGUGGUUGUUCAUGAGAUCAGAAACUACCCAUAUCCCCAGUUGCACUUGUUGGCUCUGCAGAGUCUCAACCCCUCCCGCCACGCAUCUGCCGUUAGAGAGAGCUACGAGGAGCUUCUGCAGCUUGAGGACAGACUGGGCAGUGUGAACCGUGGAGCUGUUCAAACCACCAUUGAGAGAUUCACUUUCCCCCACAAGUACAAAAAGAGAAUACCCCAAGACCUGAAGAUGUGUCUGGAUGACGAGGAGCUGGACACCGAUGAAAAGUGCACCAUUUGUCUGUCGAUGCUUGAAGAUGGAGAGGAUGUCAGGCGACUACCCUGCAUGCACCUCUUUCACCAGGCGUGUGUAGACCAGUGGCUGGCCACCAGCAGGAAAUGCCCCAUCUGCAGAGUGGACAUUGAGACCCAGCUCACCCCCGACAGUUGAUAAAUCCUGCAGACUCUUGCGGCUUUGGAUCUGGUCUCUUAAAUUUCCAUUGCCUCCCUCUGGGGACGCUCUGCCAAACACCCCGUUUCCCCUCUGCAUCAGUCAAAGAGCCUGCCUUCUGAGACAGCUGUGACAGAGGGAUCAACAAAGCACACUCACCUACAACACAACGAGGGACGGGGGUUGAUGCACAGAAAGGUGGCUGGACUGAAGGUCAGCUGAAUGGACUUUGGCGGAUGUAAACGGUAGGAGCCGACAUGUGUGGACAGAUGUGCUGAGGUUUCACACAAUUGUCAGAUUGUGUAUCCUUAGGUACAUUUCUCCAUACAGCCGCCAAGAUAGAGGAUUCUGACUACCAACCUCCCCAGCUCAGUGUGGUGUAUUAAGGCCAUUUCUCUGCCACUAUAUCCAAACCCUUUUCCCCAGGCCUGUGAAAAAUUCUUUAAGCUGCACUCUGCCCAAGCCCUCAGCACAUCUGUACAGAACAUUAUCAAAUGAUUAGCAUGAGGUUGUGUGGUGUGGACUCUUGUAGCUGAACGCUUGUGGUGUAAUGGAGUUUAGUACUGAAUAAGUAUUUACAGAGUAACAGUGUUGUGUAGCAAGCAAAAGAUUUUUGAGAAAUAUGUUUGUGAAAAAUAAACCUACAGAGAGGGUGAAUACAGCUCUAGAGUAUUCGGUGUGUUAAAUCAUAAGCAACAACAGAGAGGGCUAGUCAUGUAAAAAGGCCAAAAAUCUCUCUUUCUUGACUAACAUGGUUUUGGAUUUACAGUUAGUAGAUGCCAUCAAAGUUGAUGCUAAACUCGCUAACUGCAGGCAUGGCUUCCAGUGAUGUGUGUAGUGUCGUAGUGAGGCCUCUUUAACCUAGAGCAGAGGCCUCAGAUGUGCAUGCUGUAUGGCAGGCUUGGGCUGUGUUGUUAAUAUUGUGGAGCAGUAGAAAACAGGGACUGUGUCUGUGCAUGUGAAACAUAUAUUAUGACUCUGAUGAUCCCACUCAUUCAUAGAGGAGGACAAGAAUGCACCUAAUUAGCCCACACCCUUUCCCACUCAUCCAGAGUAGACGAAAGUUGCCCUUAGACACUGAUCACCAGCGCAGCAUCUGUCUCCUAAUAGUUGUGUAAGAGGUUAGGAUUCAAAGUGCUGCAAGAUGAUCCGUGAUUAACGGCAACUCCUCUGUGGCCUCGCUCAUGGCAUGUUCAUGAUCGCGGGAGGCCGGCAUGGGCUUGAGGAUGCAGUGCCUGAGUCUUGCUAUCAGAGUGACAUUUGUAUUACCUAUUACCAGAACCUUAUUGCCUAUCGAACAAGCACAUGUGAUUUCUAUAUACAUUGAAUCGCCUCUGUUGUGUAUCAGCUCCUUUCAUUUGGAUCUAAGUUGCUCCCACUGUUUGAUAAAACUGACUGUGUCUGGUGUUACAGGGAAAAUACAAACUAGUUUGCCUGUGGUAUGUGCUAGAAUGUGUUUGAUUGUCUCCACCCCCUCUCUCCCAUGGUACUAGUGUAUGGUAUUGCUAGAACAACUGUGAUAUGUUCAGUGAUAGAAGCUGUGUCUCUAUACCAUGCAUGAACCAUGUUGGCAUAGUUCACUUGAAGGAGGGUGAAAGGGAGAAAAAGCCAUCCAUUUGAAAAAUACCAAACAACUGUUCUUAACAUAGAUUUUAUUUCAAUUGUCUUUUUCUGCCAUUUCUUUUUUCUUUCUUUUUUUUAAUUACCUAUAUGUUUAUUUUGCUUACAUGCCAAUUUGGACAUGGUACUAAUAUGCCGAGUCCUUGUCCAUUUUAACCAUCGUGAAGAAGAAGCUGCAAUGCUGCAAAAACAUAUUUAUUGUUGUUAUAAUGUAGCCUGUGUUAUGUAAAUGCACUAUAAUAUGGAGUUGCCUGAUUCUUUUUUUUUUAUUUUUAUUUUUUAUUUUUGGUGGUGUGGGUACUUCUUGUCCUAGAUUUUGUGUUCUUAUUCAGUUACAAGUAUUUUCAUGCUUCCUUGUGUAUUAUUGGAGGGUAACUUGACUGUUUGUGUUCAUUUUUUUUCCCUUUUUUUCUUUUUGUAUGAAACCUCCAUCCAAAAAACUACAUAUGGAUGAAAAUGGAGGUUUGCUAGUUCACAUAGAAUGCUGUGAUUAAAGAUGCCUUAAGUAUUUAACAAUCAUUAUUUAUUACUAACUGUAGCUAGCUAGCUAUUGUGGUGGAAUAUUUAAUGUCUCUAUCUCAUAACUUUGCAAUUUAAUCAAUAUAUUUAUUUAAAAUAACACAAAAUAUUAAAAAAAAAAUUACCUCAUUAUGCAUUGGUCGGUGGGGAUGCUUUUGCAUGCCGUCUGUGUUUUCUUUUUCAGAAGAGAAAAAUAGAAACUUGUUGAUAAAGUGACAAGGGGUGUCUCCCAACACAUUUUCUGGCCAGCAUGGUGCUGUUGAUCUAGAUUACAUUCCAUUCAUAUCAUCUCUUGAUUUUAUUUCAGAAUGUUUUAUCUCUUAAAUAUCACUUCUGCUUUUAUCCAUGUCAGAUUUCAGGGUACAACCCUGUUUGUCUUAGCUUGCUUUUCUCAUAUAUUGCUUUACUUGUCAAUAAUCAGUUAUAUCUGAUCACAUUUUUCACACUUUUUUCUUUGAAUUUUAUUGUGACCAUAUUCACAGUGUCCAUUAUAUCAGGAUCUUUAGUGUUUAUUAUUUUAGGACCUACAUAACAAGCUGUAUUACCUGUUCGUAUAUAUUGCUGGCAGUUGCUUUGUGUGGGAUUUUGGGGUGUAUCUAACAUGCUAACUUGAGCCAUUGAUCUUUUGAGCAAACUUCUGGUGUACUGUGGUUUUACAAUAUAGAUGUUUCACACCUGGGUAUGAUAAGCUAACUCUGUUUUGGUGUGCAUUUCUUAUUAAUACUCUACUAACCCUGCAAAUUAUUCUUACAUGAUUUGGAUUGCAAUGAAGCUGACUGGUCUUAUUAUAAUUUCAUUUCGUGCUCUCACUGGCCUUACCCCAUGCCCUCCACAGUGUACCCUGUAACUCCAGAGUGAACUGGACAGUAGCCAUAGUAUUAACUCAAGCUGAUGAACCGGAAUGAACAGUAGAACUUAAAGCACAAGCUUUUUAAUGCAUGUCCUUCUCAGGUUUUCCUAUGUGUAUGUGGGAGUAGCUCUGUAGAUGUGUUUAAUCUGAUGCUGUACCUUCUUGAAUAUUUCAGAUGUUUCUUUGCUGCUGAAAAAAUGUUGAUUAUUAACCUGCCAGUGAAAAAGGGAAGUGGCCAUCUUUGUACAACACACUGCUGUUUUGCUGUAACCGCGCAAUGUUUUAUGAUCUUGAGUAUUUUAUAGAAAAGUAGAAGUAUGUAUCAAUAAUAUGAAAGCAAUAGCUAAAUCAUAAUGAAGAAUAACAUGAUCAGUGAAUAUUGUGGAAAAUCUUUAGAUUCACUCUGGGUGGAUUUUGUACUGUAUUUAUUACUAAUGAUGAUGCAAAAAGUUGCAUAGCUUAACCCAAACUGUUCUGUCUCUUUUUUAUUUAUUGUCUUGUAUAUGAUCUUUUUGUAUGUGUUUUUCAAAUAAACUGCCUAAAAUGCUGAGAGCUCAUCUAAACUGUGGUGUUACUAGGUGUCCUGUUAUUAAAAGAAACUGUGACAAAGCAA